AAACAUAAUUAGAAGACGAUAAUCUCAGUCAUGACACAUCAAAGGUGGGUUCAAGGUUUGUGCUUUAUUUUUGUUUCCCCUUUUCAACCACAGGGUCCUUUUAUCCCCUUUUCAUUUUAUUCCUUGUGAUAAAGUGUAAACCAAACUUCUCUAUAAACCCUUUUAACCUUCCUUUUCUGUUAUCCCUUUUCUCAGUCAUAACAGACAAAACAAGAAAUCGAAAAAAAAGGUUGCAAAUCAUAUACCUCAAACUUAUCUCACAUCAAAAUAUUCUCAAUAUGAAGCUUUAGUGAUUCAUUGGAUAUACUUCUCAGACAUAAAACAGAGAAAAAUUAAAAGAAGAUGAAAAAGGAAGAAGAUCAAGGACAGUGUUCUUCUCAAAACAUUAAAACCUAUGAAGAACAAGUAUUCCUCCAGCAACAAAACAGUAAUCAUAUGAAUAUGUUUGGAAGAGGAAAAAGGUUGAUGUUCCCUGAAGUUUCUCCAAUCUUGCAAACACAACCAUUAUUUCUUGUCCCUCCUACAACACCUUCUUCAUUAUUACCUUACACAAGCUUUUUCAAUUCAAGGGUUCCAAUUCCAUCUUCUUCUCAUACCUUUGUGGGAAAUCCAUAUGGAUUGAUCCAACCUGAGUAUGGUAGUAAAAUUAGUGCUCAAGAAAUGAUGGAAGCUAAAGCUGUUGCUGCUUCUAAGAGUCAUAGUGAAGCUGAAAGGAGACGCAGAGAGAGAAUCAACAACCAUCUUGCUAAACUUCGAACCUUGUUGCCUAACACAACCAAAACAGAUAAGGCUUCGUUGCUGGGUGAAGUGAUUGAACAUGUGAAGUUACUGAAACGUCAAACAUCGUUGAUAGCAGAAACAAGUGAAGUGCCCACUGAGUCUGAUGAGUUAAUUGUGAACGGUGGCGAUGACCAGAAUGGUAAGUUUAUGAUCAAAGCCUCUUUAUGUUGUGAAGAUAGAUCUGAUCUUUUACCCGAUCUCAUCAACACUUUAAAAUCUUUACGGCUUCGAACCCUCAAAGCCGAGAUUACCACGCUCUCUGGGCGCGUCAAGAACGUCUUGUUCGUUACUGAAAGUGAAGAUAGUGAUUAUUCAAAUGGAGAGGAACAGCAGUAUGCAUGUAUUAACUCAAUACAAGAAGCGCUUAAGGCAGUGAUGGAAAAGAGUACGGAUGAAUCUAUUUCUGGAAAUGUUAAGCGCCAAAGGACUAAUAAUAUUAUUCAAUAUGAAAAUUAAUUAAUUUUCUUUUUUAUUUUAA